AUAAAUUACUGGUAGUGUAGAUACAUUCACUGUAUUGAACAAUGUUAUAGUAAUAGUUUGAGAAAACUGCGUAUGAAUUAAAAAUUCUGGUUCAAUUUGUUGUACAAAAACUGCUGUCUCAGGAGUUUUGUUAGUCAACACUGGUGGAUACAUACUGCUUUUUAAAUACACAUGGAUUUGAUGGAAAGAACCAGGAGCACUAAACUUCAUGGAGCUGUUCCUGAGGCAUGGCUAUGCUGAGGGAGUAGCUGGGAAGAGGCAGGGCAGUAUGAACUUCACCAGCUUUGGCUUUUUGGAGUGAACUGGGAAUAGCAAUAACUUAUCAAGAGCUGAGUAAGGAAGCUGAGCCUCUUAUAAGAGGACUAGCAAAUGGAGAAAACCCUCCAAAUCAUGCACAGAAGCAGAAAAGCAACUAGACUGAGCAGGAUCCAGCCUAAUUUGCCAUAGCAGUGGGGGCAAAACUUGUUUGUUGUGCAUGGUCCCUAAGGAAGAGUGGGCACAGAGAAUGCUGUAUUAGGGCUUUCUGUAGCCUAAUGGUCUGCCAGCAUCACUGGCCUUUCCCCACUCCUCUCUUCAUUAGUCAGGCCAUGCUCUUAAAUGACUAGUGAGGUUUUACCCUCUUACCCCCCAGUAUGGGAGCUGCAGCCACUCCUGAAUAUUGCAAUUAGAGACUCCAAGACAAGAUUUCUUUCCUGUCUGUUAUACAAACCACUACUUAUUCCUGAAGCUUUCAUUUCUAGUCCAAGUGCCCCGAAAAGCAUGAGCCUCCAGUUAAAAGGUGUACUUUGAGUAACAAACAGAGCGAUAAGAGAAGGCAGGGUGGGUUCAAGGGAUGGCUGGGGAUAAUCCCAGUCUCAAUUUUGGUAAGACACUGCUAGUCUGAGUGCCAGCACCAGAGAAUUGCCCAAGCUAGGGCAAUUAAUCAUGCAGUGAAUUUGACUGCUGGAUUCACCUGAGGCAGGAGGUAAUUGCACAAGAAGUCGUAGAAAUGACCACAUCUCUAAUUCGCUAAAAGCAAGAAGACUCCUGCUUUCAGAGGAUGGUGAUGCUGAAGCCUUCCAACCCAAGGUUCCCACAGGGCAUGUGUACACCCCGCCUAAGAAAGGUGCUACCAGCAUGUACAGGCUGUGAAAUACAGCAUUCAGAAAUUUUAGGAUUAAUGCUGCUCAUGCAACUGCAGUUUGGACAACUUCUGCUAAUGCUUUUUUUGAUGGCUGCCUCAACUACUUGGUCCCAUAAGGAUCUUCCCUGCAGAACUGCUGCUGCAUAGGCAGUGCUGUUAGUUGCCACAUAGACCUUCCUGUCUGCUGAAAACUGCAGGUACUCAUUAGCACUCCACCAGCAGCAAUAAGAUGUUGCUUCUUAUAAGCAAUCCAUUUUUGUACAACCUUCAGGCAAACACAAGAGGUUCUGCUAAGGAAAAAAAUGCAUCUAAAGUAUUUUAAUUUUUAACAAUUUACUAGGAGGGAGGCACUUGUAAUAGGGUCAGUCUUUUAGCCGUAUCUUCUUCACCUUAGGAAAUCAGUGCAGCUCCACUGUAAUCGCAGACAGUUAUCUUAGCUGUCAGGUUUAAAAUGAUAGCUGUCAUGUAGGUACAAACAAUACAUGAUAAAUAUCCUAAGUGUUUACUAUGACUGUGAAGCAUUGCCUGUAUUGCAGUGUGCUAAAGUCUAUUUCCAGGGAAGAAAAACCAGCAUGCAGCUGACAGCUGUUCCCUCACUCAGCAAAUGCUUCUUCACAGGCAUCACAACCCUCAGCUAGCUAUUUCAAAAAGGAGACAGGAGGCCUUCAUCAGAGUGUAUUAUUGCCAGAAAGAAUAAGCUGCAGCCUUGUUUUCCUGUUAGCUUGAUUUAUAAGGGUUUUUCUAUUGCCAUUUGUUUGCCUGUUUUCCACUUGGUCAAGUUUGCCAAGCUCAGCGAGGUGGGAAAAAGGGACUCGUUAUUUUGCACUUGAGCUUGGUGUUGCUCUCGCAUAGGUUUUUCCACACGAUACUAUGGAACAUGUUGAAUUUGCAUGCAAUCGAAAUUGCUUCUGCAACUUCUUUUUUACUUCUGUGUGGCUGGUCCUCUGUUUGCAGUGAGAUAGGACGCUACUCCACCAGACUAAAGCAGGAGACAUGAAUUAACGCCCUCCAUUCGAUGUGGCUGAGCACACUCGGGUAUUACAAGCAAUGGCUCAGCCCAAGGGAAUGAACUUCUUCCUAAUGCAGCCUAGGUCUCGGGCAGUCUCAGUGGCCCAUCAAAAAGUAAGUCGGUUGAGUCACUGAUACUAAAAAAAAAAAAGAGAUUUAAACUGAAGGCUAUUUUAAUUCUCAGAAUAUUGCCAACCGCUGCGUCUUCUUCUCUUUCCCUCCCUCCCCGCUGGUGUUUUGCUUCCAGACUCUCAGAGGAGGGAGUGUAACCAUGCAUAACAAAACAAAAAAGAAAUUACAGUUAUAAACAGAAGAUAGCAACCCAAACCCGAGAAAAGAGCCACUUUAGCGAACGCGGGUGAUGAACGGUCAUUGCUCCUCCAUCAACCCAGAGACAUCACGGCACAGCGAGAACGCAAAGGUCUCCUCAACGCCUAGCUGCGCGUCCAGCCACACUCAGGAGAGCCCAAGCAAACCGUGGGGGCUCGAGCUGGGCUCUCUCAGUCCUGCCGGGUUUUCAGCACGUUUGUACCGCUGCAGUGCCACUGCAAAAAAUACAAAGCAAGAGCGCGCGCUCAGAUGGCAAACGCUCCCCAGCGUGGCGUUUUACCUGAAACGAAUGUUAAGUCGCGCUGUGCCUUCAGUCCUGUCCCAGGAGUCAUUAAAAAUAAAAAGAUAAGAGAAGUUCGCCCAGCAGUUGCCGAGCGGGAUUUAUCACGUCCUCUUGAAGCACACGCUGAGAGGUGCUGGUGAAUCGAGGCCGGGGGGCGGCCGGGACCGGCCUGGCACUGCCCCCCAGCCGCGCCUCGGCCUGCGGGAGGGGGUGUCCCAGCGGGGGUCGCUGCCGGGCGGGGGGCAGGGGAGGGCGGCCGCCGGCCCAAGGCCACAGCGCGGCUCCGGCCGCGGCCCCGCCGCGGGGCUCGGCAGCGCGGGGCGUGUGCUGGGGCCGGGGGCGCCCCGCUCGCCCGCACGGCCCGGCGCUCACACCGCCCCCCCGCCUCUCCCCCCGGGCACCCCCCUGCCCCCCGCCGCGGUCCCUCCGGCACCGCCCGGCCCCGGGGCCGGCUCCCCCCCUCCGCCUCCCCCGUUCCGCCGGCGGCGGCGGCGGCGCAGGAGCCCGCGGGCGGCCGCGCAGGAGGCGCGCUCGGGCGCCGCCGCCUCCCCGCCCCGCCGCCGCCGCCAUGGCGGUGCGGAGCCGCGGCGCUUGGCGGCGGCUCCUGCUGCUGCUGCUCCUGGCCGGCUCCGCCGCCAGCCCGGCGGAGGAGGGCGGCGGGCGGCGGGAGGCGGGCGGCGGGGAGCACGGCGAGGAGGCGGCGCGGCCUCACCACGACUCCUCGUACGGCACCUUUGCCAGCGAGUUCUACGACCUGCGCUACCUCUCCGAGGAGGGUUACCCCUUCCCAACUGCUCCUCCUGUGGAUCCAUUUGCAAAAAUCAGAGUGGAUGACUGUGGAAAAACCAAGGGUUGCUUCAGGUAUGGUAAACCUGGAUGCAAUGCGGAGACUUGUGACUACUUUCUGAGUUACCGUAGAAUAGGAGCUGAUGUUGAAUUUGAGUUGAGUGCUGAUACUGAUGGCUGGGUGGCAGUGGGAUUUUCCUCAGACAAGAAAAUGGGAGGAGAUGAUGUCAUGGCUUGUGUUCAUGAUGAUAAUGGAAGAGUCCGAAUACAGCACUUCUACAAUGUCGGUCAGUGGGCUAAAGAAAUCCAGAGAAAUCCUGCUAGAGAUGAAGAAGGGGUUUUUGAAAACAAUCGUGUAACAUGUCGAUUCAAGCGUCCUGUAUAUGUUCCCCGAGAGGAAACCAUCGUAGAUCUGCACUUGAGUUGGUACUAUCUGUUUGCUUGGGGCCCAGCAAUUCAGGGUUCUAUAACUCGUCAUGAUAUAGACUCACCACCUGUAUCAGAGCGUGUUGUCAGUAUUUACAAGUAUGAAGAUAUUUUCAUGCCAUCAGCUGCCUAUCAGACCUUCUCGUCUCCAUUCUGCUUGCUCCUCAUUGUUGCACUGACCUUCUAUUUAUUGAUGGGAACUCCAUGACUGAUGAAAAAUAGCAAGAAUUUGUCAGUGGAAGUUUCUCAGGGUGGACGGCUAUAUGGAUGGACAAUGCAUUUUUCUAUUGGAAUUUAUAUCACACCACCAUCCUCAUCUAGCUGCUUUUGAACAUAGUUCACGUCUCAGAAGAGUGAAAUAACCAUCUCCUUUAAGUAGCAGAGUGGUGACAAAUCAUUUAAAAAUAAUCAGUGAACACAGUGAACAAAUAUUUCCAGUGUUGUAACUACUUGCUUAAAGAAAAGGAGACUUGUAAAAUCAAUGUUUAUGCGUGUGUGUGUCUGUGUGAGUGUUUGGGAGGGGUGUCUGUACAUGUGUUUAGGCAAAUUUAGUGAUGGACAUCUUAUCAAAUAACAAAAUUGCCUUCCAAAUGGCUCCAAAAAAGCAAAUUUGGGAAAACAUUAUAAUGCUGUUUGGUACUUCUGGAGCAGACAGCACAGCUCCAAGUGCAGUUUCUGAACUUAAGAUCCGGAUACCGACACAGCAGUAUAAAGCCUGCCCUUCAGUAAUGGACAGUUCUCCCAAUUUUUUUUUUUUUAAUAUAUAUAUUUAUCAAGGUUUACUUGCUCUAGGAUUAGUACUUUCCAAAAUUAAACUUGCAUAAUCAAGCAUUAACAUGAUUUUUUUUUCAAUGGAAAAUAAGUGAUGAAUGUCUUCAUAAUAAUAGUGUUUCAAUAGCCUCCUUGAAUGAAAUGGCUACUUCUUUUACAAGUGAGAUAUAAAGUUAUUUAAACAAGGGGAAGGGAGAAUACAGUAAUGUAAAUUCUCCAUACAUAGGAAAAACCGAUGUAAAACAUAGAGAACAUAGAAGUUCCCAACAAGCCAUAGGACAUCCUCCCAAUCAAUUUUUCUCUUUUUAUGAAAAAACAGUAAUUUUGCUGACAUGUAAAUAUAUUUUUAAGCAGUUGUGUAGUAGUAUGAAGUAAUCUGUUCUUCUGUGUUGUAAGCCUGCGUAUCCUGUUCAUGUUAAAGAUGAAUAUGGACAGCUGGUGUUAAUUUUCAAAGAAAUGAAAAUAUAACUGAGAUUAUUUGUAAGGAAAGAUAGGGAUUAAUAAGAGCAGGAUCUUUAGUUUCAUCAAACCAUUGCUAAGAUGUAGUUACUGCGGAAAAUUAUGAGCUAAGGAGAAAAUACAUUAGAUUUUUUUAUCAUCAAUAAAUAUUACAAAGAUGAAUGCUAAACAUUACAGAACUGGAAUUUGUCAAAAUGUAUUUAUGAGCCACAGAAUAUUAUGAAAACUUUGAGUUCCUGUGGAGAAUUCCUGUUCUUCACAUAAUAGGAAGUGUAUGACACAAUUCUACAUGUAGCGAUUAAAUGUGCUUAGAUAAGGUUGAUCAUUCACUUCCCAACCUGCAUUAAGAGUCUGUUUAGAUAGAAUUAAAGCUUCAGUUGGGCCAAAGUUCUAUGUAACAGAGGACUCUGUAACAUAGAAUCUGGUAAAGUAUGCGAUGGACCUCCUUUUUAUUCUCGUUGCUGCAUAGAGUGUAAAAAGAAUAACUAGCUUUGUUGGGUUUGCAUCAUUAUUCACAGACUGAAGUUUGCAGGCUAAUUUUCUUUAGGCUCAGCAUUCUUCAAACCUGUGCUUAAAGUAUGUGAAUUAGAUUGAAAAUGAAUUUAGCUCCAUCACAAACACCUUAUCCCUAUUUCAAAAGAAUUAUUGCUUUGUAAUAGAUAUUUUCAUUGAUGUCUUUAGGGAUUUGUUCACUUGAAAUUACAGGUCUAGAGUUCAGGACAGGGAAGAGAAAUCCAGAAUUAAGUGAACUUUAAAAGUGCAUAUAGUAGCUUUAUUUAGUAUGAAUUCUCUCGAGUUGGAUAACCUAUUCAUCAUCUGAUGAAAUAUGUAGGAGAGACCACCUAAUAAGGAAGGUCUGCUUUGGUCCACGACGACUGUAAAAUUUAGCCUUAAGAUUGGCUGAAGCGGAUAGCUGAAGCCUGGAUAAUGAGCUUUCUAUUCAGCAACCAGUUGAAGUGAAGAAGUCAUUAGGGCAAAUUAUUUCUUGUUUGUGCUAAUUUGUAGGCAGCUGAGAUGGUGUAGCUCCUUCUCAGAGAUCACAGCUAUUUAAAGUAGCCUCAGGAUUGUUUUAGUUUAUGGCCUUGUAUUUGCUAUUUUAGUUUCAGCCAUUUACUUGAUCACCCGCUAAAGGGCUAAGCUAAUAACUGAAAGGUACUGAAGUAGGAUAGAAACCCAUUUUGGCUCCUCUUCUCUUCUUUAAUGCAGUGCCGGAUUUAGGAUAGCCCAGCUGGACCUGAGGACAGUGGUAUGUUAAAGAUGACAAUAAUAAUACCAAGCUAAAUGUGCAACACCCAUAGAACUGCUUUCCACUUACACGAGUCAGUUGUGUUUAAGUUCAGGCUAUAAAGCAACAGCAAAUUCAGAGCAGGGGCAGAGCUGCUUAAGGAUACAUCUGCUGCAAAGUAUAAACUGCCUCAGACUUCAGAUGUACCCAUGUUCUCGGUUAGGGUAAAAAAUACAUAUUUUUUUUUUUCCUCUUUCAGUUUACUUCUCAGUGUGCUGUCUAGUGUUUUUGUCCUUGAAUUUUCCUCUUGUUGAAGUAUUAGCAGAAAUGUGCAAUUCUAUGAAAACUGUCACCCAAGCUUCAAAGUACUUAAUUAGCACUAAUUAAGUUUUUCUAAUCAAAUGGGAGGAAAUAAAAGGCUACAACAAACAGCAAAGCAAUUUAAUCUUUGGCAUAUCAACUGAUGGUUGAGAGUUGCUCUUCAGAGUGGGAAAAGCAGAAUAAGAGAUUCAAACUGACAAACAAAGAAGGUACAAGUGUUUAGAAAUUACCAGUUGGGAAGGAAUAUGAGAAGGAAAAGGCCGUAAGAGAAAUGAAAGAGCUUUAGCUCAAUGGUAUUUAACUUUGUCUGAUACUUGGUAAGUCCUAAUAUUUUAGUGGACGUAGUAACUUGUCAUGGAAGGUAUUUUGGUUUUCAUCUGGUUUUUAAAAUUAUUUUUAAUAUUGAAAAGCAGGAUUUAUCUAUGUUAUACAAAGUUACUACAAAGUAACUUUCUUCAAAGUAGUUUUUAAAAGAUGAUGGCAUUUAAAAUUGUUUUCUGGAUUUUUGUAAUUAACAGAUACCAACACAAACUAGAGAAAAAGGCCUCCUUUGGGAAAGGAAGCAGACAUUUCCUUCUCCAAAUGAAAUAGUUUUUAGUUUCUUUAUGGUGACUACUAGCAAGGAGCUGUUAAAGAACACAUUUCCAAAGUGCUUUUAUUUUGAGAAUUACUUGCUGCAGGGUGACCUAAUACAGAAGCACAGAAUUUAGAAAGUGCAUGUUUACAGUAUGGUGUCCUUUGGAAAUUUAACUUUGAUUAUUAAUUAGAAAGAUAGGACUGCCAAAGACCAUAAGAUAUUAAUUAAUGUCCUUGAAUAUGUUCUUUCCAUGCAGAACAAAAUAUAGUUGUGUUCAUUGCUUGUUAAAUCAACCAUAA